GUAUACGGUCCCAGGGAUACGCUCUUCCUACCCAACAUACUGGCAGCCUCGCGCAGUGGCAAGCUGCGCAUCUUUGCAAGUGGCACUAAUGCGGUAUCGUUCACACACGUCGACAACUACUGCCACGGACUGAUCCUGGGCUACGAUGCACUCUACAAAGGGUCUCAUGCACUGGGCAAAUACUACGUGGUCACGGAUGGAGAGCCUGUG